AUGGACUCCGUGGCCAGUAUCUUGCGAGUCCUGGCAACGAAUACAUGUGACAACUCACAGACAGCCUUCGAAAUGGACUCCGUGGCCAGUAUCUUGCGAGUCCUGGCAACGAAUACAUGUGGAUUACUGUGGUCCAUUCUUCAACAAGUAUUACGCAUUGAAGAUCGUCGAUUCCUUUUCCCUCUGGGCGGCAGUCUGCAUCACACAGUGCAUUCGAGCACUCAGGGAACAUUCAGUUUCCAUUCGGCAUUCUGCGUUUGGUGGCAUCCUCGCUUUGGCGAUUGUUGGCCCAACAAGGAGCGUCAUCGUUUGGGUUUUGUUUACGGUGCCCCAUUCGGGCCGAAAAAAAUGCGGCGUGGUUGUGAAGGGUUGGUGAUAUUGAUUCUUGGCGUUGGACAGGCCGAAAAUGCAUAUGUGAACGAAACUUCCGUUUUGUGGGUGUUAAUCGACUGUAAUCACCAUUUUGUUGUUGUUGUUGUUGUUGUUGGUGGUGGUGGUGGUGGUGGUGGUGGUGCUGCUGCUGCUGCUGCUGCUGCUGCUGCUGCUGCUGCUGCUAAUGAUGCGACAUACGUUGACUCACUUAUUAGUCUUGGUCCAGCCCCCUUGCUGCGUAUCCAUCGACUGAUUUGGUGGCAGAGCUGA